AUGACUAUCAAGGUAUUCGAUACAGCACUUGAAACGCGCACCACCAUACAAAAGGUUACAUACGACCUGUCACCGCCAACACAUAUUGAAUCCAUCAAGAAUGCUAUUGUUCAACGAUAUGGCUGCAGAGGUAGCAAACGUAAAUUGUCCUAUCAUCCUGUCAUUCAACGACCUCUGAAAAAGAAAGCAACACACGACGUUAAUGGUGGGCUUCCUUCACCUCCAGUCGAAAGGGCGCUUACUCCUCCUCCUCAACCACCGUCUCCAUCAAUGCGUUCUCAUCGUGCAAUAUCCACUUGUCCUUCCUCCUCAUCAAUGACCGUUAGCGAGAUUACCACCAAGCUUGAUCAGUUGAAGCAAGAGAAGCAUCGUCUUUUCCAGUUGAUAAAACGACUUGUUCAAGAAGAGGCAGAGCAACAACAAGAGCAAUUGCGGUGA